GCGGAGGGAAGCCCUCGUGACGGGCUGCAAGAUCUUCAUCCCCGCGUAUCGUCACCGUUGAUCGCGGGAGGCUUUCCGUUACGGAACUUUGCCUCGCCUUUCCGUGGCGGAAUCCUCUGGAAACCCUGGCGAGAGGGGAGUUCCAGUCCAGGCCCAUGCCGCCUAACGUGGUUUCGGAGGCUAGCUUGAGCACUCGCGCUUCGCAAUGGUGGGCGAGCAUUCCGGCGAUCACUGGAGGAACUCUCAUCCUCUGCGUUGCCAUCUACAUCGUGGAUCUUCUCAUUGGCUACGACACUUUCCAGCAAGUGUGCUUCUCCACAGACACUGUGAUCGGUAAUUUUCAAGUGUAUAGGGCUAUCACCGCUGUCUUGUUCCAUGCAUCGCUUCUACACGUUCUUUUCAACAUGCUUGCUUUGGUUCCCAUUGGAAGCUCGUUGGAGCGUGUUAUGGGGUCCGUGAGAUAUCUUCACGUCAUCUUGCUUCUGGCCGUGAGCAACGCGGUGAUUCACAUCCUCAUUGCCUACAUUGUCGCGUACAACCCGAUUUAUGUGCACAAGAGUGUGUUGAUGGAGUGCCAGAUUGGUUUCUCCGGCAUUCUCUUUGCCAUGAUCGUCAUAGAAGGCAGCCUCUACACCGGCCAAAAUCGAAGCAUCUUUGGUUUGUUCAACGUGCCUGCAAAAUGGUAUCCAUGGGUUUUAUUGAUCAUUUUCCAGAUGAUCAUGCCAAGAGUUUCGUUGCUCGGGCAUCUUAGCGGGAUUUUGUCUGGAUUUUCAUAUUCUUAUGGAUUGUUCAACGUCUUAAUGCUGUCCCAGGCGACAUACACAAAGAUCGAAAGCUCUUCUUUACUUGCAUCGUGCAUGAGAAGGCCGGGAUUUAUUGUUGGGGGUGGCUCUGCCAAUGCAACUCUUCCUACGUUUUCUACUUCGAGCAGUAACACCCUCAACUUUGGUGACACAUGGAGCCGCUUGCGGUCUUCGUUGACGCCACAAAGAGACGUUCCUAUCGAUGAGAGGUUCCCCGGCACUGGUAGAACACUGGGAGGUGUUUCAAGGCUGCAGCAACAAACCACGCCGCCAGCAACCGCAAAUGCGACGGAUCUAGAAGCCAGAUUACUGGAAGACGACGACCUCGAAUUAGUGGAAGCUCCUCCCGUUUCUACGGGUGGCCAUGGAAGGCCAUCACCGCCAGGAAUAAGGCCUUCCACUCCAGCCAGAGGCGGUAGCAAUGCGCCUCCACAGUCAGCCGUCCAGGGGCAACAAGUAGACAAAGCUGCCAGCCUCCGGAGCUUGGUGGCAAUGGGAUUUGAACAGAGCCGAGCAAGCGAAGCUUUGAGUGCUUCAAACGGGGACAUCACUACUGCCGUGGAGAUUCUCAGCUCCUCGCAGGCACAUCACUAGCAACCGGGAGGACACUGAGAGACUUGAUCGAGGUCCUUGGCUAAAGAAGAAAAAAAGGAAUCAAAGUUCUCCACUCAAACUCGGUGGCAUAUACGUCGUUCUCUAUCAUGAUUCAUGCAAGACGUGCAUUGAAUUUUGCUUUACUUAAUUGGUGGCUAAUUCUUUUUUCGGGCACUAGAUUGGGCCGGUCAGCGGAACUCGAGGCUUUUAAACUGACCGACGAGUGGGCCACGUGUCGCGUCGCUAUUGGCUGGGUUUGGUUCCGCAUUAACUGUAGUGGUUUAGGUUAA